AUGCCUCCGGGUGAAAAUUCGCCCGCUAGAUUCCUUCGGCUGAAAAGUCUUCCGGAAGACAUGCAACAAAAAAUAUUGAGCAAACGAAAAUGUGAAGCUCGAACCGAUGACUCCAGAAGCAAGCAAGCACGUUGUUUCCUCGGAGCAUGCCAUUGCCCUUUCACGAUAAAGCCUUGUUUUCGGAAUUGGUUGUCCUCAGUUGAUAUGCUAUCGAUACAGCCCUGCUCUUCAUUUUCCAUGAUCACCGCAACGAUUCAUGUCCGACAUCUCCGACAUGUCCGGCAUGUCAGCCCCGUCGACUUCCGGUCUCCCCUACAUUUGGAUUCGAGGCUUUUGCCAAGACUUUGCGCGGUUGCCUUUCCUAGUAUGAAUGGAGUAGCCGCCGUUAUGUUCGCCUUUGUUGUCUCUGAUGUUAUCGUUUCAGGCCUAUCACGAAUCUACUUGAUCAAUGGUGUAGCAAAUUCAUGA